CCAUAGAUGCCACAUAUCAAGUUUCUUGCAGAUCGGUCAUUCGGUGCUAGAGGAGUAGCAUAUUAUGUAGUUUUCACAAAAUAAAAAAUCGUGGAGAAUCCAUCAUGGCAGACCUUAUAGGUCCUUGAGGCAAAUUCUUUCCUUGUGGAGGAGAAGGGCCGAAUUUCUGGACUAUAUGUCACACCGGGUGGGGCGUGACCUUUCAAAGUUUGCAUUUUCAAUUGCUUGUUAUAGCACCACAUACAGCCAAUUGGCAUGGCAUUUGCAUGAGAGGAUAAGGCCAAUGGUCCUUUAUCAUCAUGCGAUUUUGCAUCAUCAUAGAAAUGAUUUUACAGGAAUGUUCAUGUCAGUUUUCCUUGGCAGACGAUGUAUAAUAAUGAACGCCAACAAAUGCAAUAUGGUUUCACCAGAUAUUCUGCUUGAACCCCAACAAAUACAAUAGCGUUUCACCCAGCUACGCUGGCUUCAACCCCUAAUUAACGUUGGAAUAAUUAUAUUAGAGCUGUAAACAUUGGAGGUAAAAAGCUAGCGCGCAACAGGUAGAUCAAAUGCUGAGUUUAGAGCAAUCUUGAGCAGUGAAUAAUUCAUGAUAUGUAAAUGAGUUGAUAGGGUAAAAUCAGUCAGUGCUGAGAUGAGCUAGAAGUCAGUACGCGGUCAGUCGGCAUGCCAAGGGGGCUUGACCCAUUCCUUUAGUUAUUUUUUUGUGCAUACUUCAACAUCGAAAUGUCUCCAUCGGAAUCACCUCGGUUUUUCUCUGAGAAGGAGGUAGCCAAUCAUUCCACCAAAAACUCAUGUUGGGUAUUAACGGGGACGAGAAUUUAUGAUGUGACGGGAUUCCUUCGUAUUCACCCGGGUGGAGAGGCUCUGAUAUUAAGCCGGUCAGGGAAUGAUAUCAGGAUGGAGAUGGCGGGACCCCCACAUCGGCACUCGGAGAACGCAAGGCGGUGGAUGGAACAGUACUACAUCGGAGAGCUGGACACAGACGGUAGUGCCGAUGAAAUACAGACGGCGAGGGAGAGGAAGAAGACAAUGGAUGAGGAGACUUCACCCAUUAGCAAAUGCAGUCAAGUCAACCUGGAUACGGACCUGGUGGACUGGCGGAAGCCCCUGGCCUGGCAGGUGGGCAACCUGGGAGAGAAAUACGAGACCUGGGUGCACCAGCCUGUGAAUCGGCCCAUUCGCCUGUUUGGGAACGAGUUCAUGGAGGCCAGCACCAAGACAUCCUGGUAUAUGGUCCCUGCUGUGUGGAUGCCACUGGUGUUCUAUCUCAGCUGGUACUGCUACACCACCUUGGCUCAGGAGACAACCAGACUAUUCGCCAGCACAGACUAUUCCUUCCUGGUGCACAAAUACAGCUUUCCGCUCAUCUUUGUGAUGGGCAUGGUCACGUGGACCUUCAUCGAAUAUUGCGUCCAUCGCUUCAUCUUUCACAUGCGCCCGCCCGCCCACAACUAUUACCUCAUCACCAUUCACUUCCUGCUGCACGGACAGCAUCAUAAGUCUCCCUACGAUGGCUCCCGCCUAGUCUUUCCUCCUUGCCUGGCCUCAGUGGUGAUAGGCAGCUUCUACCUGUUGCUGACCAAGUCCUUCCCUGAGGCCUUAGGGGUGUCCCUGUUUGUGGGGGGGCUGUUUGGGUACGUGGUGUACGACAUGAUCCAUUACUACCUUCACUACGGCUCCCCCCAGAAAAACUCCUACCUGUACAGCCUCAAGGCAUACCACGUCAAGCACCACUUUGAAAACCAAAGAGCAGGCUUUGGAAUCAGCACCACAUUGUGGGACUAUCCGUUCAACACACUGAUCCCUGAACAGACCUUUCAGAAGACCCAACUUACUCUACUCUCCACUGGGGGGCGACCUUCACCCAUCCCUCUUAGACCUGGCAAUCAACCCCUUCAAUGACGCCACACCCUUUGACCCCAGCCUGUCCCUAUAGUCUGUCUGUCUGUCCUUGUCUUUGUCUCUGGCUGGCUCUGGCUGCUUCGAACAAAACAGAAAACCAGCAGGCUCCGGACCUCCUAGGGUAAGAGUUUACCAACCCUGCAGUAGAGAGAGAAUAAGUGAGAGAGGGAGUGUGAAUGUGGAAGAGAGGAUAAAGAGUGAUGUUUAGGAGGGUGAAAGUUAGAGAUUAUAGUUGUCCUUAUAUACAGUUGAAGUUGUAAGUUUACAUACACUUAGGUUGGAGUCAUUAACUUGUUUUUCAACCACUCCACAAAUGUCUUGUUAACAAACUAUAGUUUU